AUGACCAGUAACGUCAACGCGGGUCGCGUAAAAGGCCCAAUGUCCACGACGUUUUCUCGCCUCCGCAUGGCCGUACUUGUUGGCAUCGGUGGCGGUAUACUCCGCGCCCAACCCUCGGAUGACCCGACCGAAGACGGGCAUCUUGGGGACGUUACGGUCGGCUGGCCCGGCGACGGAGGGCCCGCGUGCGUUUAUUACGAUUCGGGGAAGUGGCAUACGGAUGGAAAAUUCGAGAUGCUCCGGAGGAUCAAUCUGCCCGAUUAA